GAACUGCAGUUUAUGCGCAAUGCAUUAUGGGACAAGCUGUCAUGGCGGCUCCCUUACAGUAGAAAUGACAUCUGAUUUAGGAUUUAAUUCACUUGAUUCACUGUUUAUUUUUUUCACUUCAUUCUCCUGCAGUCCACGAUGCAUUAUUGAUUGAACACCUAAAGUUGCCAUGAAGCGGAUUGCAGCCUUGAUUGGCAGGAGUGCCUCAUCCUGUUGGCACCAUGGGAGCCCAAAUCUGCCCUUGUUGCCCGUCUUGGCCCCUGGGCCUCAAUACACCGGUUCUCAAGUCCGGCACCUGGCUGCUAAACAGAAUAAAGGCCAUUUCAAAGGUCAAAAGAUUUUAAAGCCAGUAAAACUGGAGAAACAACAGAAACAAGAAGUGGAGAUCAAACAGAGGAUGACAGUCUGUGAACUCGCUAAAGCCAUGAAUAAAGACAUUGAUCACGUAUACGAGGCUCUGCUCAACACUGAGGUAGAUUUAGAUGAGUUGGAGCCUGACACGGUGCUGGAGGAGAAAUGGAUUAAAGAGGCAGUGAAGAGAUCUGGAAUGAAACACAGAUGGGCCAAACUAGUGGAAACCAAAGUCAGAGAAAAUAAAGACUUCCAGAGACAGCCUCCCCCAGAUCCUGCUCAGUUGGUACUCCGACCUCCGGUGGUAACCAUUAUGGGUCACGUAGACCAUGGAAAGACCACCCUGCUGGACAGUCUGAGGAAGAGUCAAAUCGCUGCUCAGGAGGCCGGGGGCAUCACGCAACACAUCGGGGCUUUUCGGGUUCAGCUUCCUUCAGGUGAGAAGAUCACUUUUCUGGACACACCCGGGCACGCUGCGUUUUCUGCCAUGCGGGCACGUGGAGCCAUGGUUACGGAUAUAGUCAUUCUGGUGGUUGCCGCUGAUGACGGAGUGAUGAAACAGACCAUCGAGUCCAUACAGCAUGCAAAAAAAUCCAAAGUGCCGAUCAUUGUGGCUGUGAAUAAAUGUGAUAAACCUCAGGCCGACCCCCAUCAUGUGAAAGAAGAGCUGUUAGCACAUGAAGUGGUCUGUGAGGAGUUCGGAGGGGAAAUCCAGGCCAUCCAUAUAUCUGCAUUAAAGGGGGAUAAUUUAAUAGAGCUGGCUGAAGCCACAGUGACACUGGCAGAGGUCCUGGAGCUGAAGGGCGACCCCACCGGUUUAGUUGAGGGGACGGUCAUAGAGAGCCGAACUGACAAAGGCAAAGGGCCCGUUACCACGGCGAUCAUCCAGCGUGGCACCCUGAGGAAAGGCUGUACGCUGGUGGCUGGGAAGUGCUGGGCUAAAGUACGCUUUAUGUUUGAUGAAUAUAACCAGGCAUUGACCGAGGCCGGACCCAGCAUCCCUGUAGAGAUCGUGGGCUGGAAAGAUCUUCCCUCUGCUGGUGAGGAGAUCCUGGAGGUGGAAUCUGAGCAAAGGGCUCGUGAGGUGGUGGAGUGGCGCAGCUAUGUUGAAGAACAGGAGAAGUUAAAAGAAGACCAGCAAGCCAUCGAAACCAAGCAGAAACAGCAUCAGGACGUCUACAAGAAGGCGAGGGAGAGCACGGCCCAUCUCACCUGGAAACAGAGGAGGGCGGCCAUGUACAGAGCCAACAAACAUAAACUCGCCCACAGGGUCAGCGAGAAAACUGAGACGGAGGAACUUUCGCUACCCAUCAUUGUCAAAGGUGAUGUUGAUGGCUCGGUGGAGGCCAUUUUGAACAUUCUGGAAAAUUAUGAUGCUGAUGACCAGUGCCAACUGGAUGUGGUGCAUUUUGGUGUGGGUGACAUUUCAGAGAGUGACAUUCACUUGGCAGAGACGUUCUCAGGUACUAUAUACGGAUUCAAUGUAUCUGCAAAUAAAUCGGUUCAGCAGAUGGCUGCCAAGAAGGGCAUUCCUCUGAGAUUUCACAAAAUCAUCUACAAACUCAUCGAUGAACUCAAAGAGGACCUCAGCAGCAAGCUAUCCCCGGUCAAAGAGGAAAAUAUCAUUGGUGAAGCUUCGGUUCUGGCCACAUUUGAUGUGACGGUGGGGAAAAAAAAGAUCCCAGUGGCUGGUUGUAGAGUUCAGAAAGGCCAACUGGACAGAAAGAUGAAGUUCAGGCUCGUUCGAGGGAGAGAUGUUCUUUGGGAAGGUUCUGUGACGACACUGAAACAUAUGAAGGACGACGUACCCACCGUAAAGACAGGCAUGGAGUGUGGUCUUUCUCUAGAUAAUGAGGACCUUGAAUUCAGACCCGGGGAUGAAAUUGUUUGUUACAGUGAAACGGAGACAAAACAAAAAAUAACUUGGGAUCCAGGAUUUUGAGUGACUAAAAGCAAUAAUCCACAAUUGCCGCUACCAACGAAUAAAUUACCAGUGACGUUU